CCCCCUGUGAGCUACAGUGCCCGCAGUCCAUCCUCUUACCUAAAAAGGGCCCCGCGCUAGCACCCAGACGGGUUAUCGUUAUCGCACCCCGCCACAUCUUGAAUUUUCGUUGCAUAGCGGGGUGAGCCGCAUUUUCUGCUUGGUCUCAGCAUCGCCGUCCUCACAUUCGUUUCAACCUGCCGCCAUUUUAGCAGCAGUCGGUGUCUGGGUCUAUUUCGGAGUCCAAGUUUUUGCACUCCAGCGAGAUAUACACAGACUUUUUGCAAUUGCCGUAUAUUGGCCACACCGCAUUACAAAACUGUCGACGAUACCGAUCCGCCACCACGAAUAGCUUUUUCAAAAGAAAUACAGAAAGCAGUUCGCAAUGGCUACCAACGCCGAUUUGAACUGGCAGCCUGCGCCAGAGUCCCUUCGCCAGCUUGCGGGCUGCCUGAAGGACUCUCUUAGCGGCUGGGACCAGGCUGCCCAGAAGCAAGCCUUGGUUGUAUGUGCUACCAUCAGCCCGCGCCGCCGCAAAUACUGACAGCUUCUAGAUGCUGGAGCAAGCCAAGAGCUCUCCCGAUCUUAACAACUAUCUUGCCCUCCUCUUGACGAGCGCCGAACCCCCCGCUGGCCUCCAAUGCACCCCGCAAGACUACGCCCUCAUCCGACCCGCUGCCGGUACAAGGCUCAAGAAUAACAUCCUGGAGGAUUGGGAUAAGAUCCCUGCCAACAGCUUGCCCUUGAUCAAGUCUGCUAUUAUGAUUGCUAUCCAGGAUGUGUCACCUUCUAUUCGCAACCCUGCUGCGUAUGCUGCUUCCAGCAUGAUUCGCAAAGGCGGUGUCCUUGGGUGGCCAGAGCUUCUUCCCAACCUUGUCGAGAUCUUCAACAACACCUCUGGCAGCCAGACCACUGCCGCUCAGGAAGGUGCCAUGUCGGCCAUGUUUAUGAUUUGCGAGGAUAACCACAAGCUGCUUGCCAGAGAGGUCAACGGAGAGCGACCUCUGAACUUCUUGUUGCCCCAGCUCAUCGCCGCCACCAAGAGCCCAUUGGUCAAGGUUAGAACCGGUACCUUGAAGUCCAUUAACAUCUUUGCCCCUGUCGAGUCGCAGGCUAUGCUCAACUCCAUUGAUGAGCUCCUUCAACACCUCUUCGUCCUCGCUACCGACCCUAGCGUCGAAGUCCGCACACAGGUCUGCCUUGCCUUUUCAACACUUGUCGAAGCCAGACCGGACAAGAUUAUGCCCCAUCUCCCUGGCCUCGUCGACUAUAUUCUUACACAGCAAAAGGAUGAGGACGAGGCAUUGGCCUGCGAGGCUUCCGAGUUCUGGAUUGCUAUUGGCGAGCACCGCGAUCUCUGGAAGGCGCUGGAGCCCUACCUCAGCAAGAUUAUCCCUGUCUUGUUGGAAUGUAUGGUCUACAGCGGCGAAGAGAUUGCCAUGCUAGGCGGCCAGUCUGAUGAUGACGACGAGGAUGACAGACAAGAAGACAUUAAGCCCAAGUUUGCCAAGCGCAAGGCUGCCAGAGCUGGAAACGCCAACAAGGAGGGCGACAAGGCCGAAGAGAACUACGAGAAGCUCUCUGGUAUGGAUGAUGAUGACUUGGAUGAGGGCGAGGUGGAGGAGGAAGAGUAUGAUGACGAUGACGAUGGCAGUCUGGCCGACGACGAAUGGACUGUCCGCAAGGGAUCUGCUGCUGCCCUGGAUGUCUUUGCCGGUGACUUUGGCGCACCCGUGUUUGAGUCUAUUCUCCCUUACCUUUCACAGAACCUCAAGCAUGCCGACUGGCCCCAGCGUGAAGCUGCUGUCCUCGCUCUCGGCGCUGUCGCCAAGGGCUGCAUGGAUGCUGUCACCCCUCACUUGCCUGAGUUGGUUCCCUACCUCAUUUCGCUCCUCCAGGAUCCCGAGCCUGUUGUUCGUACCAUUACUUGCUGGGCUCUCGGCCGUUACUCGCCUUGGGCUGCAAGCCUUCCCGAACAGUCUCAGCGUGAGCAGUACUUCCUCCCUAUGAUGGACGGAAUGCUGCAGCGCAUGCUUGACAAGAACAAGAAGGUACAGGAAGCUGCCGCUUCUGCCUUUGCCCACCUAGAGGAUGACUGUGGUCAAGCUCUUGAGCCCUACUGUGAGCCCAUUGUCAAGCAGUUUGUUGUCUGCUUGGCCAAGUACAAGGAUCGCAACAUGUAUAUCCUAUAUGACUGCAUUCAGAGCCUCGCCGAGCAGGUCGGUGCCGUUCUGGCCCAGCCUCAUCUCGUCCAGCCUCUGAUGGGUGGUCUUAUUGCACGCUACAACAACAUUGCUGAUGACUCGCGCGAAAUCUUCCCUCUCCUCGAGUGUCUUUCCUAUGUGGCUUUGGCUCUCCGGGAUGCGUUUGUCCCAUACGCUCAGCCCAUCUUUACGCGCUGCAUGACCAUCAUCCAGAACAACCUCCAGCAGGCGUUGUCGGCUGCCAGCAACCCCAACUUUGACGAGCCCGAGAAGGACUUCUUGGUGACUUCCCUUGACCUCAUUAGCUCCAUUAUCCAGGCUCUUGAGGAACAAAAGGCCGUUGAGCUUGUUCAGAGCUCUCCUUUCCCCUUCUUUGAUUUGCUUGGCUUCUGUCUCGAGGACCCCGCCGAUGAGGUCCGCCAGUCGGCCUUUGCUCUCUUGGGCGACAGCUCCCGCUUCAUCUACCCUCUCCUCAGCCCUCACCUCCCCACCAUCAUGCCGAUGCUGUUGAAGCAGCUCGACAUGGACAACAUCUUGGACGAGAGAAUCGACCAAGCCUUCGGCGUCGUCAGCAACGCCUGCUGGUCUUCUGGCGAGAUCACCCUCCAGCACGGCAAGGGCAUGGCUCCUUGGAUCAACGACCUGUUGAAGCGGUUUGUUGAGAUCAUGACCAACCCCCGCGUGCCUCCUGGUCUCCACGAGAACGCCGCCAUUGCUCUUGGCCGCCUCGGUGAGAGCAACGCCGAGCUCCUGGCUCCGGCGCUGCCCAACUUUGCCGAAGACUUUUUGCGAUUGAUGCAGGAUGUGGACUACUCCGAAGAGAAAGCUACUGCCUUUCUCGGAUUUUCCAUGAUCGUAGGCAGCAACCCGCAGGCAAUGGAGAGUGUCUUGCUCGAGUACUUUACCGCCAUUGCCGAGUAUGAGGAGAUUGGUCUUCACACUCCUCUGAAGCAGCGCCUUGAGCAGGUCUUCUGCAACAUUUUCACCGUUUACAAGCAAUUGAUUCCUCAGUUCGACGAGUUCAUUGGAAGAAUGUCCCCCCAGAACCAGCAGAAGCUCAAGGCCAACUACGGUAUCUAAAGGGAAUAGGUCGCAUUUCUAUUAUUUGAAAGGACUCUUUUUUGCUUUUGAUUUGCAUUGAUUAAUGGAGGGGAACAACUAAGCAUGGGCGUAAAAUGGAAUUCCGGCCGCGAGGUGAUCGGAUGGAGGACAGGACGCGGAACUAAAAAACGACUGACGAAUUAGGCCAGGGGCACAUACAUGAAUUUUCGGCAUAGAUAGACUUUGCAUCAUUUUCUUUUUCUUCUUUUCUUUGUUUCGCGUUAGAUAGUCAGAUAGCAGCAGUUUUAGGCAAAACUUAGCAUAGCUUUUACAUAGUCUUCGAAUACUAAUUCACCAAGCUUGAACGCGGUC